UGGAAUUUGGACAGACAGACAGACUCCUGGGCCCUGCCAACAGUCAAAAUGUCCAAGGGGCCUCUGAUUUUCUGGCUGGUGAUUGAGCUCUGGCGGCUUUGUCUGACUUCAACUGCCGCAGAAAUCGUCGUGACAGGGUUUUUGGAUCAGUCGGUGACGUUGCCCUGUAUGUACUCAUCCUGGUCUCCUAACAGCAAUAGCAUGUGCUGGGGCAGAGGCCCGUGUCCCAAAUCCAAAUGCAAUGACCUGCUUCUCUUCGCCGAAGGGAAGAAGGUGGCGUCGAGGAAGUCGGCCAAAUAUGACCUUCUGGGGAAUAUCCAGAGAGGGGAUGUCUCCUUGACUAUCUACAACACCAAGCCAGGUGACAGCAGUGUGUACUGCUGCCGCAUCGAGGUGCCUGGCUGGUUCAACGAUGUGAAGAUAAAUAUUCGCCUGGAGCUGAGAGCCCCCACAACAACCACCCGUCGUCCAACCACCACCACCACCACCACCACCACCACCACCACCUCUGCUGCUGUGGCGACAACCAUCGCUGUGCUUCCAACAACAGCCGUGACUACGCCUGACCCCACAACCAGAGCACCGCAUCAGAUCAGAACCACCAAUGCCCUCACAACCACAGCAACUAUGUGCCCUCUGACAACCUCAGGCUUCCUUCCCGAGGAAGACACGAUUCCUCUGACCCAUGAACCACCUACCGAAAGGCCCUUCCUCACUGCAGAAUCAGAAACUGUCCUCUCUAAAACCUCUCAAAGAAGCACUGAGGUGACUUCUACAGACACUGCCUCACUCAUUUCCAAAGAGACCAGAGACUGGAUUCUCCAGUCAACGUCCCAGACAUUGAUGUGGGGACAGAGGGAUUCAGUGACUUCUCAAACCAGAGCAUCUGAGACAACAAUUCUUCUGCAAAAUGAAGUUGAAUCAGAACAGAUAAAAAUGGUCAAGAAGUAUGACCUGCUCAUGAUCAUUGCUCCCUCCCUGGGAUUCGUUCUGCUGGUGUUUCUUCUGGCAUUUUUCCUUCGAGGGAAAGUCCUGAAGACCAGUUGUUUCCAGAAACACACAAGGCUAGACAAUGAAGGAGAAGGUAAAAAUGUCUUCAACGGAAGAGAAGAUGAAGACGGUCUUUUCACACUCUAGCAUGCCCCUUUUUCUUAGGAUUGAGGAUGGGGGUAUGACGUAUAUGUUGUCAAAACAAAUCUUAGAAUGCUUUGUUUUUUGGAAAAAAAAGUCUUAACUAUUGUA